AUGACCGGCGCCAACGGCUUCCUGGGUACCCAAAUACUCCGCCAACUCCUGUCGCACUGCCAAGUUAGCCAUGUAAUUUGUCUAGUCCGGGGUGAUACAGAUGACGCUGCGAGACAGCGCACCAUUCGUAUGGCUAAAGAAGCCCUCUGGUGGACGGAUCACCACGCAGAGAAGCUAGAGGUUUGGCGGGGAGAUCUAGCAUUACCCAAACUCGGACUUGACCCCACCCGCUGGGAAAUACUCACUUGUGGUAAAGCAGUAGAUGCCAUCAUACACAACGGCGCCACCGUGCACUGGACGAAAAGCUACGAAGCUCUAGAGGCCGCCAACGUUGGAUCAAGUAUAGAACUUUUGCUAGUCGCACUGAGAUGCCCCGCGAUGAGGUUUGUCUAUAUUACAGAUGGCCGUCCAUGGAAGGCUCAUGAGGAGGGAGAUGUUGUGGCGGAGCUGUCCGCUCCCGAUGCCAUCCCGUAUAGCCAGACGAAGCUGAUCUCCGAGGUUGUGAUCAGGCGGGCCGCAACGCGCAGUUUACCAGGAACCUUUACUACCGCUGGAACAGACAAUAUUGCUGUUAUAAACCCAGGGUGGGUGAUUGGAACACCAACCGAAGGUUAUUCCAACACUACGGACUAUAUAUGGCGGCUGGUGGCUACAUGCGUCAAACUGGGAGUAUAUAACGCCGAGGACGCCGAGGGAUGGCUAUCCAUUUCCGAUGCUACUACUACUGCGGAGGCAGUUCUCGAGGCAACAUUCAGCACGAGAAGUGAUAUUCUAGGUGAUGAAUAUGCUACACAUGGCAUGGCCUGGAGGGAGUUCUGGGCAAUACUGGAGGAUAUGGGGUACAAGCUGGAAGGGGUCGAGGUUGACCAGCUCCACGAAACUCUCUUCGAGGAGGGUAUCAAAUUACGCCGCGCCGUCGUUGGCGAUACCUACGUCGAUAGAGCCUUGGCUCAAGGAUCCAGCGACUUUUCGCGUCCUGGCCAGGAAUUAAUCACAGAAUGGUGCUGGGGGCAUAUUUGGACUAGACCAGGACUUGAGCGGAAGCAACGAAGCCUGUUGAAUCUGGGUAUGUUGAUUGCGUUGAAAGCCUGGCCGGAAUUGGCUCUUCAUACUCGCGGCGCUAUCAUCAACGGCCUUACCGAGAAGGAGAUUAGCGAGGCUGUUUUGCAGGCCACUGUUUACUGUGGCGCCCCUACUGGGAUCGAAGCAACCAAGGUUACGGAGAGGGCUAUCAAUGAGAUGAUUGCGAAUGGGGAGUACAAGCGCUCAUAA